CAGUCACACAAUGGAGGCUCUUACAACUAAGGAUAUAAAAAUCCUGUUACACACUUCCACCUCGGUGCAGAGUAUUUAAGAGACAGGAAUGGAACUUUAAUUUCACCGUGUGCUUCCAGGAUCUCCACUCAAAACGCCUACCUGUCUCAACAUUUUUUAAAGGCAAUACAGAAGUCUACGGCGCACUCAGAGAAUGGCGAUAAAUUGGCUGGGACUGUUGUCCAUGGGAGUGUUUUACAUAAUGAUACUGGCCAUGGGUCUCUGGGCAUCCAGGAAGUCCAAGCGUGAGGAGAAGAAGUGCACUGGGAACCUCAGUGAAGUUGCAAUGGUUGGGGGGAGGAACCUAAACAUCUGGGUCAGCAUCUGUACUAUGACAGCCACUUUGGUGGGAGGAGGCUAUAUUUUGGGUGUUGCUGAAAUGGUCUAUAAUCCAACAAAGGGAUUGGCAUGGGCAACUGGACCCCUUGCCUACUUUAUCAACUUAAUUAUAGGUGGUCUCUUCUUUGUCAAACCUAUUCGGUCAAAGAAUUAUGUCACCCUCAUGGACCCAUUUCAGGAGAAAUAUGGCAACACCGUAGCUGCUGUUCUUUUCAUUCCCAGUCUCAUAAGUGAUAUCUUGUGGAUAGCAUGCAUUCUUGGUGCACUGGGAGGGACGAUAAGUGUGGUCAUGGAUAUCUCCUCCUCGCUGUCUGUGUGCAUCUCUGCUGCUGUGGCAAUCCUUUACACACUAAUGGGAGGACUGUACUCUGUGGCAUACACUGACGUCAUCCAGCUUGCCUUUAUUUUUGUUGGUUUGUGGCUCUGCGUGCCUUUCAUACUGGCAAACCCCUCCUCUGCCAACAUCACUGUUGCUGCAGUGACCAAACUGCACCAGGAGCCAUGGAUUAGCAGGCUAGAGCCGGAAGAAGCAGGUCGCUGGGUAGAUGAAAUAUUGCUGAUGGCCAUUGGAGGGAUCGGUUUCACGACUUUCUACCAGAGAACCCUGUCCACAGCCACUGAUGCACAAGCCAAAAUCACCUGCUACGCUGCAGCAGUACUCUGCCCAAUCCUUGCCAUCCCGUCACUUGUCAUUGGGGCAGUGGCUGCAUCUACCAAUUGGAACGAGACCAGCUACGGUUCUCCUAGCCCGUACGAACAGGGCAAAGCCGGGAUGAUCUUGCCAAUUGCCCUUCAGCAUCUUUGCCCUUUUUACAUCUCAAUGUUUGGUAUGGGAGCACUUGCUGCUUCUGUGAUGUCAUCGGUUGACUCUGGCCUUCUGUGUGCCGCCUCCCUACUGGGCCGAAAUAUCUUCAAGAACGUCAUCUACAAAAGGGCAUCAGAAAAAAUGAUUCUUGCUGUGGUGAAAGGGUCAGUCCUCGUGUGUGGAAUAAUGGGAGCAGGUCUGGCCAUGACCGCACACUCUAUUCAUAUGUUCUGGAUCUUAAGUGGAGAUAUCUGUUAUUCAAUGUUGGCUCCCCAGGUGAUAUGCCUCUUCUACUUAUCCCGGAGGUCGAACCACUACGGUGCCUGUGCUGGCUUUGUGUUGGCAAUACUGCUCAGAACUCUGGUGGGAGAACCCAUGAUGGGCCUUCCUGACAUCCUGCCGCUGCCGUGGGACAAGAUGGUGGACGGUGAUCGAUACCGCUUGUUCCCUUUUCGCACUGCAAUCAUGCUCAUCACCAUGGCGACUAUUUUAGGAGUAUCAUGCGUUGCUCAAUGGUUGUCUGAGAAGGGCCUGCUAACAAGAAUAAGUGACGCUGAAACAGACACACACAUGACUUACACGGCACCGGGUCAAAGGGAUGUGGAGGAGAAGGAGACUGAAAGAACAACCUCACUUAUGCUCUCAACUUGAACACUUUCAUACUGCAUGAGGGUGCUCCAACUUGAGAGUCCUUUCACUGGCUAAA